CUCAGAGGUUUACGUUUUUAAUUUUCUGUCAAAUAUAUCCAGGAAAAUCUCAUCAACAUGAGCAGGGGCCAGCAAAACGAAGAGGAUACCAAUGCGGUGCUGUUCGAUGCCCGAAACGAGUACUACAUUGGCAACUUUAUGGGCUCCAUCAACUUUGUACUGCCCGAGCAGGGAACGGCUGGAGCGGAGCUGCUAUCCUACAUGUACCUGUCGUACCUGGCCAUUGACUCGGGCCGCAUCAUUGCCUCGGACAUCAAGGAGGGAAGCUCGACGCCGCUGCAGGCCUUGCGUCUGGUCCACGAGGCCUUCGAGCAGCCGUCCCGGUGCGAGGAAGUGCUGGAGAAGCUAACCGACAAGGUGGCCGGCGAUGAGGAUGAGACCAAUCUCUGGCACAUUGCCACCGCCAUUGUGUACUGCUACGACGGGCAGUUCGAAAACGCCCUGAAAAUCCUGCAUGGCUCCACUAAUCUCGAGUCGAUGGCUCUCUCUGUGCAAUGCCUGCUGCGCCUCCAUCGUGUCGAUCUGGCCAAGCAGCUGGUGGCCAAAAUGCAGGAGAUCAGCGAUGAUGCCACCCUAACACAGCUUGCUCAGGCCUGGGUGGCCCUAGCGCAGGGUACGGAGCAGAUGCAAGACGCCUUCCACAUCUACCAGGAGUUCUGCGAGAAGUUCAAGCCCACGCCGGCAUUGCUCAAUGGCCAGGCGGUGGUCCACUUGGGCCUGGAGCGCUACGAGGAAGCCGACGCUGCUCUGCGCGAGUCACUGAUAAAGAAGCACAACGACUACGACACUCUGAUUAAUCUCAUGGUUUUGUCGCAUCUGACGGGCAAGCCCUCGGAAAACAUAACGCGGUAUCUGGAGCAGCUGCGUCAAUUUUACCCAAAGAGCGACUUCAUCACGGACCUGGACAAGAAGUCAACAGAGUUCGAUCGCCUCUGUCUGCAGUAUGAUCUAGGUGCCGAGGAGAAACUCUUGGCCGUCUAAUAAUUCCAAGUUUAUAUCAAAACUUUCUAUGUGUAUUCAUUAAAUUACAAUAAAAAUUGAUUAGAAAUGUG